UUGAUCUUUCUUCAUUUCAUUGUUGUAGGUCGGGAUUUCAUUUUAAUUCUAUACCGCACCUGAUUUCUAAUUUAAUAUGUAGUGUUAUAAGCACUUACAAACAUACGCUGGAUUUCUUUAAUAAGACAUAUUAUUUAUAUUUAAAUUUGCUUUGUGAUAACCGCAUCAAUCUCAAGAAUGAUACCUCUAAUGGACGGACAACAAAGAAAUCCACUUGUUUUCUUGGAUAUCUCGAUUGAUGGAGAAAAAGCUGGCCGCAUCGUCAUUGAGUUGAGAGCAGACAUAGUGCCGAAAACGGCAGAAAACUUUAGAGCUCUAUGCACAGGGGAGAAAGGUAUCGGGAUAUUCAACAAACCUCUUUGUUACAAGGGCACAAAAUUCCAUAAGGCGAUUUCACAAUUCAUGGUCCAAGGUGGAGACAUUAUAAAUGGCGACGGUACAGGCGGAGAGAGUAUAUACGGAGAGACAUUCCCGGACGAAAACUUUAUUUUAAAGCACGAAGCAGGCGUCCUAAGCAUGGCGAACAAAGGCAAGCCACACACGAACGGCUCCCAGUUCUGCAUCACGACGGUGCUGUGUCCGCAGCUGGACGGCACCAACGUGGUCUUUGGCAGAGUUCUGGCCGGGCUCGGAGUGGUCCUGGAGUUGCAAGCGGAGACUGACUGCGAAUUAGGGCGACCGACAGUGGACUGCGUCGUAGAAGACUGUGGUGAGAUCCAGGGCGAUUGGGACGUGUGUUGCUGUGACGGAACAGCGGAUAAACUGCCAGAGCACCCUGAGGACUUCCGCGACUUGCAUCAUUUGCCCCUAGAACAACUGGUACUCCGCAUCAGGGACGUGAAGAGCAGCGGCAACAGUCAGUUUGUGUGCGCGCGGUACAAAGCGGCCGUGAGGAAGUACAGGAAAUGUCUGCGGUACCUGGCCUGGAUUCAGGGACAGGAGGAUGACCAAGUGUGUGACACAACUACGACAUACAAACUACAGUGCCAUCUUAAUUUAGCGGCGUGCUAUAGAAAGUUAGAGGACCAUGACGCUUGUAUUAAAUCUUGUGAUGAGGUACUAGAAAUAGAGGCGCGCAACGAGAAAGCUUUAUACAGACGAGCGCAGGCGAAUUUCGCUCUCAAAAACUACGACGCGGCGCUCUCGGACCUGCGGCAGGCGGGCAAAGCCGCGCCCCACAACAGGGCGGUCCAGAAACUAUUGGACGAGGUCCGCGUCUCAAAUAAAAUCUACAACGAUGUACAGAAACAGCGUUUGUCAAAAUUUUUUCGUGAGCAAACGACGAAGACAGCUGAAAUCGGAAACUGAACUGAGACUGAAGGUAGUGAUAUAUAAGAUUAGUUGACAAAAAUGUAUUUAAAUUUUACAUAUGUGAUGAAAUAAUCUGCAUAUAAUAUCUAGUCUUCCACCUGCGAAGUACAUAGAUUCAAAAUGAAAGUCGACAAUAUGUUAUUGACAUUAAGACGCUGUUUUCCUUAUAUAAGGCAAUCUGCUGACGCGACAUCUAUGUUUUAUCAACUUAACUACAAAUGAAGUAUGCUUUUGCUAAGUGUUGCGUCGAAUCAUUAAUGACAUUGCAAGCGAACUAGAUGGCGUUGUGCUCAAAUGUCUCAAGGUAAAACUGAUAAGGGGGUCGAUUUACGAACGCUGAUGAGACAUAAUAUAUCUUCCGCCAUUCUCUAGGUGGUUAACCUCAAAGAUAGAAAGAGAUGGAAGUUAAGAGAUAUGCCUUAUCACCAUUUAAAAAAGGGCUGCGGGUAGGUCCACUAAGAUAUGUGACUACCUAGAUUGUGUAAGAGUAUUUCGUAAAAAUUCCCAUAAGAUACAAUUAUUUCAUCACAUAUUUGCCAAGAUAAUGUUUUGCACGAAUUAAGAACAAAUAUUUUUAAGUUAAGACGAGCACAUCGAAUAAGUUAUUCUUAUAUUUCUUAUAUGAAGGAAAAUAUUUGGUUUUUAUUUUAUUUUUAUUUCAUAUACUUCAUUUUCGUUUUGGGGGUCUUCAUUCUUUUUUCCUUUGGUUAUUCUCUAUACAGAAAAUUUCAAAUUUUCCCCUUAAUAUAUUUGUACUUAAUACGUGUAAAUCUUAUAAAUAUAGCAGUGUAGGUAUGCAAGUACGAACAUAAUAUGCCUUACGAGAACAAAUAAGGUAUUUUUCCUACUGCGUAAAAGCAUCUUGGGCCCCUGUGACGGAGUGGUAAUCUGUCAAUUGCAGGAUCGAAUCGUCCAGGGUUCGGUAAUUGGCCAUGACAAGAUUUAAUGUGUUUUGAUAAUUGUUGGAUUUAUAUGUCCUUUAGUGUAAUUAAAACGUGCGCAAGAUGUCAAACAUGAAGUUAAUGAUGACUCAAAAUAUUUAUUUGUCAAAAUUGUAUAUACAAAAGCGAAAAACACUCGUUCACUCUCUCACUGAUAACGCAAUCUCAAAAACUCCAAUAAAGAUGAAAUUUGGCAGGAAGGUAGAUUGUGUAACUAGGAGACGUUCGCUAAUAAGUUAUUAUUGGAAAUUCCCGCAGGAACGGGAGAUUAACGGGAUUUUUCGUUUAACGCGGGCGGGCGCUCUCCAGUUUCUUAUAAAUUAAAGCUGCUGCUGAUUGAGGGAACCUGCACAUUCGGGCAACUGGAUGUGUAACCGUGAUCUAGGCUAGAAGGUUCCCUUAGAUUAAUUGAUUCGUCUUAUUUCCUUGCUUGUUCACGCAUCGGAUCGGAUCGGAUCGUGCGUGAUGAAUAUAAAAUAUCUGGGUAAUAUCUCUCUUCUUGGUAAUCGGGUAGAUAUAUCAGGAAAAACAUGAACUGAUCUAAAAAUAUCUAACAUUUUGCGUACGUAGCCGACGAAGGGCGUUUAAAUCAUUUGUUGUGCUAUUUAGUCAAGAGUUCAUAUUCGUCGGACCAUGAGUAUUUAGAUUUAAAAUUAGGUUAAAAAACACGUGCGGACCUAUAAAUUGUAUGGACGAUUUUUCAAAGAAAAUAAUUAGGUAUUUCGUUUAGCCCAAAGAUGGCGCUGUUUUUAAUAAUGUGAAAAGAAAAGGUGACUGACAUUUACCGAAAGUAUACAGUAUUACAAUACCACUUGUAUAAGUUACACCGAUGUUACGUGCGCAGGAAUUCCAAUUUUUGUAUGGCGCGAAAAUAUUUGAGCGGUUGAGCCAAUCAGAGCGCGUCAUUUGAACCCGCGAACUGAACUGUCCUCUAUCAUGAGCGAGAGAGCAAGAGACAUUUUGCUUUUGGAUUACAAGUUUCACGUACUUGUGAUAAGGUCGUUAUUUUAUUGAGGUUUCCAUUUUUGAUUCGACGGUAGUUUGCGCUUUUCCGUGCCGUGAUAUAUUGCCGCGGCGACUUUUAAACCUGGUAGUACUGCGCGGAUCUAUAAACUGAUGUUCCCGUGAUAAAAACUAGGCUAUCGUAAAAUAAAAUUCCGUUAAAUGUUUUGUUUAUUCGUAGUGUAAUGUAAAUUCUAGUCAAAAUUACAAUGGUGUUCCUAGUUGUUCAUGGUAAAAUUUCCCUUAAAAUUCGGUAAUUACUUAUUUAAAGAAACCUAGUCAAAAUUUUACAUUACGAAGUGGGUAAUUGGUUGAUAUACGGGAACACUCACGUAUAGUUCAUUUCUUUAGGUAGUGAAAUAAAGGCAAACAGUCGUGAUAGUUGUCUUUUUCCAAAAAAAGGUUAUUAAUUUGUAGUCAUGAUAAGACAACAAAAAAAAAAAAAUAACUGAUGCCAGUAUGAAUUACUUUGGCUAUUAAAUUUAUUUUUCAACAAUAAAUGUAUUUUUUAAUUCUAAGACAUUUCAAGAUUGUACUAUCUACUUUAAUUUCACUACCUAAAGAAAUAGACUAUAAAUAAAAACUGGUUAGAUUUCGUCCAUCUUUUUUUUAGGUCCGUAUACGAUAUGGAAAUGUUCAAGUAUAGCUUUUGUGGUGAACGAGCGAACACCAAAGCUGUCAUUGGUGAAGUUAGUUAGGCACCUAAUGAAUGUGUGAUUUGCGUCACAUGUGACGUAAUUUGACGUCUUAGCUUGAAACCGAUAUUCUGUCUUGUAGUAGAAGUAGCAAUUUUAUAGCUCAUAUUAGGAGCAAUAUACUAGCCAUUUGAGUAUAAUAUUUAAAUCCCAAAACGUAGUUAAUACAUACAUUUUUUUUUAUAAUUUUUAAGAAGGCAGGUAUCUCAAAAGAGCUUUAGCAUGUUAUCUUAUUAGUGCAAGUAUUAUUUGUGUGUCAAAUGUAUGGCCUUGAAUAUAUUUAAUUAGAUAUAUAGAAUUGAUAGUUUCGAAAAGCUAUUCCAAAAGAAUCACUGCCAUUUUUACAAUACGUAUGUUAAUAUUACGUAAAUUAAAUUUAAAGACAGGGGGUUAUUUAAGUUAGUUUGUAAGUUAAUUUAAGUGUCGUGCUGUUGAAAGUCUGCGAACGAGCCAGUAUAGUAGGAAAAUCUUAACCCUUCCUGAGAAAUAAUUCGGCAGGGUAUAGUUUUUUUUAAGCUAACAGCAAAAACAUGACCCGCCUGUUACAUACAUACAUAUAAGAACCAAAUAUAUUUGAAUGAAAUAUAUUUGAGACCAAGAAUUUGUAAGUGUAUGAUUGGGUUUUUGUAUUUAAAUAUGGAACAUUGUAAAUCCACACUAAUAUUAAAGAGAAAAGAUUUGUAUUUUUGUAUGUUUGUAACGAAUGAACUCAAAAAACUAAAAAACUGGAUUGGUUUUCACGAAAUUUGGCACAGUUAUAGAAUAUACGUUCCGUUAAAAUAUAGGCUUUGUUAUCUGGAAUUUUCCACGGCAACGAAACCCGCGCAAAAUCUAGACUUUUAUAUUAAGUCGGGAA